AUGACAGGAUUUACUGCCAAAUUCAUCUUCCUGGUGCUCCUUGCCACUUGCGUCUCUUCCAGCAGCAAGUCAAAUGUGCCGCGCCUCAGACUCUCCUAUAAAGAUCUAUUAUCAGCCAACAGGUCGUCUAUCUUCAGCGGUCAUCAUGGCCAACUCUCACUUUCAACUGUCUAUCUGGAUGAGUACCGUGACCGUCUUUUCCUGGGGGGCAAAGAUGUCAUGUACUCUCUUCUGCUAGGACCUCUCAGGAGCGAAUCCAAGGAGAUCUAUUGGCCCCCAUUACCUGGCAACCGGGAAGACUGCAUUCAAAGGGGGAAAGAGCCCCUGACGGAAUGUGCCAACUUUGUACGCCUCCUGCAGCCAUACAACCGUACUCACCUCCUGGCCUGCGGCACAGGAGCAUUCCAUCCUAUGUGCAGUUUCAUCUAUGUGGGCCACAGAGGAGAGCAUGUCUUCACUAUGGACCCAAAGAAUGUGGAAAAUGGCCGAGGGAGAGUCCCUCAUGACCCAAGCCUUCCUUUUGCUAGCACCUUCAGCGGCGGGGAGUUAUUUACAGGUCUGACAGCUGAUUUCCUAGGAAGAGACCCUGUGAUCUUCAGAAGUAUGGGAGAUCGCUCCACUAUGAGAACAGAGACCGAUCAUAAAAUCCUCCAUGACCCGAAGUUCGUGGCGGCCCACCUCAUUCCAGACAACGACGACAGAGACGACGAUAAAGUGUAUUUCUUCUUCACUGAGAAAGCCACAGAGGCCGGAGACAGGGAGGAGGCCAUUCACACACGUGUUGGACGAGUGUGUGCGAAUGAUGUAGGAGGACAGAGAGUGCUGGUAAAUAAGUGGAGCACCUUUAUCAAAGCCAGACUGGUUUGUUCUGUUCCUGGACCUCAUGGCAUCGAUACGCACUUCAACCAGCUGGAGGAUGUUUUCUUGCUGAGGACCAAGGAUGAGAGGAACCCAGACAUUUAUGCAAUUUUUAGCACUAUCAGUAAUGUAUUCCAGGGUUUCGCUGUGUGCGUGUAUCGCAUGGCUGACAUCAGAGAGGCUUUUAACGGACCAUUUGCUCAUAAAGAGGGCCCAGAUUACCAGUGGGGUGCUUAUGAAGGCCGGGUCCCUUACCCUAGACCAGGAGUGUGUCCCAGUAAAAUCACCAACCAGCCUGGCAGGGAGUUUGCCAGCACCAAAGACUUCCCUGACCAUGUGCUCCAGUUUACCCGCAGCCACCCACUGAUGUGGAGGGCAGUACACCCUGCCUUACGGCAACCAGUGCUUGUCAAAGCCAACGUUCCUUACAGGCUCAAACAAAUCGUGGUGGACCGGGUUGAUGCAGAGGAUGGACAGUAUGAAGUCAUGUUUAUCAGCACAGACAUCGGUACAGUGUUGAAGGUCAUUGCCCUCCAUGGUGGAAACAGCCUGGAAACAGAGGAGGUCACUCUGGAAGAGCUUCAAGUUUUUAAAGUGCCAACCCCAAUUACAUCAAUGGAUAUAUCAGUCAAAAGACAAGCCUUGUAUGUGGGCUCACCAGCAGGCGUGGCCCAGGUGAAGCUUCAUCGCUGCGAGACCUACGGAAAGGCUUGCGCCGAGUGCUGCCUGGCCAGAGACCCUUACUGUGCCUGGGAUGGCUCAUCAUGCACUCGAUACGUCCCCAACAGUAAACGCCGUUACCGAAGGCAGGACAUCAGGCAUGGAAACCCAGUUCUGCAAUGUCUGGACCAGAGCUUUAAUGAGGACAUGGAGGACAUGGAGGACAGAAUGGUGUAUGGUGCUGAGAACAACAGUACUUUUCUAGAAUGUGUUCCUCGCUCCCCACAAGCUUCUGUCUUCUGGCUUGUCCAGCGUGAUGACCGCAAGGAGGAGGUGAAGAUGGAUGAUCGGGUCAUGUCUACAGAGCAGGGCCUCCUAUUCCGCCGCCUUCUUUACCAGGAUGCAGGCAUCUACAUCUGCCGCUCCAGAGAGUACGGAUUUACCCAAACCCUCGCCAGAUUUACCCUCGAAGUCCUCCAGGGUGACACCUUAGAUGAGUUGAUGUCACGUGACAACGCUGGCUUGUCUGACAUACCUAAAGACAGAUCAACCGGGAUCUACAGGAACUGGAUGCCUUGCAGCUCAUACAACAGGUUGAGUCCGAUCGGCCAGUCGCGUAUGUGGUUCAAGGAUAUCAUGCAGACGAUUGGUCCGUCCAACUUGCCCCAUGUGGAGGAAUACUGUGAGAAGAUGUGGUGCAAUGAGAAGCUGAGAAGAAAGCACAAAAGCAUGGUGGAGAAGUAUCGACAGGCCCAGGAGAGUGCUAGGAAGGCCCGCAGCAAGAGUUCUGGUGAGCGGAACCGGACACCGCGGGACCUUAGCGCAUGGUUGGAAUGA